AAGAAGAGGCGCGAUGGGCAAAAGGAAGGUGCGGACGCAGGCGGCGCCUGCAGCCGCCUCGCGGGAAGGGGCUGCUCCAAGGGACAGACAAAUGAAGAAGAAAAAAACUCAGUGCCUGGAUGAGCAAGAAAUUCCUUUUCGCCUGCGGGAAAUAAUGAGGAGCCGUGAUGAAUUAAAGAACCCCAAGAGCAAGAAGAAAAAGAAAAAGGAGAAGCAACCAGCGCAUAUACUGGAGGGCGACAUACCUGUGCCGAAAUUCAAGCAGCGCAAAGGAGAGGGAGACUCUACCUACAUCGGGCGCAUUGAGCGGGAAACUCAGCGUGUGAUGUUCCUUACCAAAUACCAGCUGCAGCGUGAACCCGAAAAAGAAGAGCCAGCCCCAGAAAAGUCCCAGAGGAAGAAAGAAUUUCAGAAGAAGAAGCUGGAUAAAAUCCGUAGGAAGAAAGAGGAGAAAAAAGCAGCAUUGCUGGAGAAAGACUUUCUCAAAGACUCGGUGAAGUUUGGAGAGGUUGCUGAACAGCCCCCAACAAUUACAGCAAAACCUAGAAAGAGUGUUGUCAAAGACAAGGCCGGCAAGAAGCAGCUUCUGCUGACAUCUCUCUUGGGCUCCGGUGGGACACCCUCCACUCCAAAAGUGUUCCACGCAUCCCUUGCUCGCCAGAGGAUCAUGCAGGAGGAAAGAGAAAGGGUUGUCCAAGCUUACCGGGACAUAAAGAAACGCAAGCAGCAGCAAAUGGCCGAAAAUCAGCUUGCUAUUGACAAACUAAAGAAGCCCUUCUGAGAUGUCGGAAUGCUUCCACUGGGCCAGAAAACAGGAAGAAACAUUUUAGUACAAGGACAAGAUGGCGGUGUAUUUAAAUGGUCCUCUUUUUGGAUGACCGCAUCAAGCCAUCUGGACGAGCAGAUUGACUAGUGUUGUACGCAUUGGGCAAUAUGGCAGUCGUCUGCUACUUUCCAGAAGCAGAGUGAAGUGUAUACAGUGGACUUUUUCUAGACUCAACCUUGGAACUUCACACCUUAGCAACUUGGGUCUUCUGUAAUCUUCUCUUAACUUUCCUCUGGGAUUCAGAGUAGAAGGACUAGUAUGGGAAUGGUCUCGGAGGCAAUUACACCGAAUAAAUAUAUUUAUAUUA